AUGCCCAAUGAUGUGUCCAGUGCACUUAAUGUGGUGACCAAGUUCUACCAGCACAUCCUGGCCUUGGUGUUUGCGAUUGAUGAGAUCAACAAGAAUCCCAACAUCUUGCCAAAUAUCACUCUUGGGUUCCGUAUCUAUGACAGCUACUCCCAUUCAAGGUUGACGUACCGGACAGUUCUGGAUCUGCUCUUUAAAUCACAUCAUUUCAUCCCCAACUACAAAUGUGGCAUCCAGGAAAAUGUAAUAGGGGUGAUUGGGGGACUCAGCUCUGAUACUUCUUUAUGCAUGGCAAACAUCUUGGGGCUUUAUAAGAUCCCACAGAUUUCCUAUGGCUCAUUUGAACUAUCAGUCAAUGAUCAGUUCAAGUUCUCUCCCUUUUACCGCAUGGUCCCCAAUGACAGUCUCCAGUAUAAAGGAAUUAUCCAGUUACUUGUGUAUUUCAAAUGGACAUGGCUCCACUCAUUCCUUCGUAUAAUUUCAUUCAACAACAGUGUUGGAGAAGAAAUUACUUUUAAUGAACAUGGAGAAUUAGCAGCUGGCUUUGAUAUUACGAACCUGGUCACAUUCCCAAAUAUGUCCUACGUCAGGGUCAAAGUGGGAAAGCUGGAUCCUCAGGCUCCUCCUGGUAAAGAGCUCACCAUUAAGGAGGAAAGAAUCAAAUGGCAAAGAGGCUUCACUCAGGUGCCCCCACUUUGCAUGUGUAAUGAAAUGUGCCAACCUGGAUAUGGGAAGAAAAAGAAAGAGGGAGAAAAAUUUUGCUGCUAUGAUUGUGCUCCAUGUCCUGACGGGAUGUACUCCAAUGAGGAGGGUUUGGAAACGUGUGUCACCUGUCCAGGAGAUCAAUAUCCAAGCAAGGGAAAGGAUCAAUGCAAUCUUAAGACACAAAACUUCCUAGCUUUUGAUGACACUUUGGGCAUUGUUUUGACUUCCUCUGCACUAUUUCCCUCUCUGAUCACAGUUCUGGUGCUGGGCAUCUUCAUUAAGCACCGGGAUACAGCUGUAGUCAAAGCUAACAACAGAAGCCUCACCUACAUUCUCCUCACCUCCCUCCUCUUCUGUUUCCUCUGCUCCUUCAUGUUCAUUGGAAAACCUAACAAGGUGACUUGCCUUCUCCGACAAACUGCUUUUGGCAUUGUCUUCACUGUGUCCCUCUCUUGCAUCUUGGCCAAAACGAUUUCUGUGGUUUUAGCAUUCAUGGUCACCAAACCAGGAUCCCGGAUGAGAAAAUGGUUAGGGAAAGGAUUAUCUUAUUCCAUUGUCCUUUUUUGUUCCAAUAUUCAAGUGGGCCUCUGUGUUUUAUGGCUUGCAACUUCUUCUCCAUUUCCAGAUUUGGACAUGAGCUCAUUGACUGAUGAAAUGGUUGUGCUCUGUAAUGAAGGAUCAACCAUCAUGUUUUAUUGUGUUUUGAGCUACAUGGGCUUCCUGGCCUUUGUCAGCUUCAGUGUGGCAUUCCUAGCCAGGAAGUUGCCAGACAGUUUCAAUGAAGCCAAGUUCAUCACCUUCAGCAUGUUGGUGUUUUGCAGUGUUUGGCUGACCUUUGUUCCAACUUAUCUGAGCACAAGAGGAAAAUACAUGGUGGCUGUGGAGAUCUUCUCCAUCUUGACCUCCAGUGCUGGGCUGCUGAAUUGCAUCUUUCUCCCCAAAUGUUACAUUAUUCUGAUCAGGCCUGAGUUGAACACUAGAGAACAACUAAUACGAAGAAAGAUAUAA